UCAUGCAGUGUUUUGGGCUUUAGGCAUUUCCUCCUGUUACGCGCGCCUCGCGUACGCCCCGCCCCGCCCGAGUCCUCAAAUAAACAUUAGUGUUCAUAUUGUCUUAUCUUUUUUUUUGUUUUCUCUAGUUCCUUAUUGGUUGAGCUGGGGAGACGAGGCUAUAAAGUGGAAGGAGGCGGACCCUCUCGCUCUCACUAAGCCAGCCACAGUUUUCUCCACAGCCACAUCGCCACAUACUUUUUCUUGGUUUGUAAUGAGCCACACAGUUUCUACACUCUCAAGCCUGCCGGGCGCUACUCACCCCAGUUCCCCAGGCACAGCACCAUUAGUUUUGGAAAUAAACAAUGUACUCUCUGUCUUGCCAGUAAUAGCUACAGCCAUUCUCUGUGUUUGGGCCGCACACGCCACUGUAGUUUCCCCAGAGGUGGCAGCCUCUGCUGCAGAACCUCCCGAGGUGGUGGUGCCUACUCUACUCCCCGAAUCUGAUCUCAAGUCUAGCCCAGAGAAGGCUCCCGUUCCCGAGUUUAGCCCAGAGAGGGCUUAUGUUCCCAAGUCAAGCUCAGUGUUCGCUCCAGCCCCUGACCUUAGUCUAGUGAGGCCUUUAGCUCCUGAGCACAGUACAAAGAUGACUUUAGUCCCCGAGUCUGCCCCAGACUUCACUCCAGUCCUUGAAUCUGUCCCAGAGUCCACUCCUGUUCCCCCCGAGGUGGAAACUGUCUGCCAGUCCUGUUACAGCCGCUGAGGCCAUUGUUUUAACCCCUCUGUGCUCUAUGUACCAGUUCUGCCAGAUCCGCCUGAGCCCUGUCACGAUCUCUAGCAUGAGCUCUGCUAGAGGGCACCCCAUCCUGUACCCUUUACCACUCACCCCGGACUCCAUUUCCCAUAAUCCUCUGCCUGGACACAUCAUCAAUUGCAAUCACCUGUUGUUCAUCAGAUCUCAUCAUCAGUUCACAGUUGUCUCACAUUAGAAGGAUUUUAAAAGUAGCACACACACUCUCUGACUUUGCUGGUGAUUGAAUGUUUAGCCUCCCGUUGUCUUGUCUGUGUUUCCUGGUUAUUGUGUUUGAUCCUCGGACUGUUACCUUGUUUUUUAUUUAUUGCUGCCUGCCCUGACCAUUGCCUUGUCUUGUGGAUUACUCUUUUGCUUGUGCCUCGGAUGUUAUUGUUUGCUGGGGUUUGACCCUGCCUGUUGUUACUACGCUCUAUGGAAUAAAGCCUUGCUUUUGGA